AUGGCUGAAGAAGAACUCCUACCGCCGACCUUGCAAAACAUUCUUGAUCAAGAGAGCUUGAAAUGGAUUUUCUGCGGUGGGAAGGGCGGUGUAGGCAAAACGACUACAUCAUGCUCGCUCGCGAUUCAGCUCGCAAAGUGUAGGAAAUCAGUAUUGCUCAUCUCAACUGACCCGGCGCACAAUUUGUCGGACGCAUUUGGCCAGAAAUUCUCCAAGGACGCGACCAAGGUCAACGGGUUCGACAACUUGUUCGCUAUGGAGAUCGACCCAACCAGUGCGAUCCAAGAGAUGGUCGAGCAAUCGGACUCGAAUGGCAUGAUGGGCACCAUGAUGCAAGAUCUCGCCUUUGCAAUCCCUGGUGUUGACGAGGCAAUGAGUUUCGCAGAGAUAAUGAAACAUGUCAAGUCGAUGGAAUACUCGGUUAUCGUGUUCGAUACCGCGCCGACGGGUCACACCUUACGGUUCUUGUCGUUCCCCACCGUGCUAGAGAAGGCUCUCGGAAAACUCAGCACAUUAGGAUCGCGGUUUGGACCAAUGAUCAGCCAGAUGUCAAGCAUGAUGGGAGGCGAAGCGGGCUCGCAGGAGGACAUGUUCGCGAGGCUCGACUCUAUGCGCGAAGAAAAAACGACCUUUGUUUGUGUCUGCAUCUCGGAGUUCCUUUCCCUCUACGAGACGGAGCGGCUCGUACAAGAACUGACCAACUACGAAAUCGACACGCACAACAUCGUCGUCAAUCAGUUAUUAUUCCCCAAACAAUCCAACUCAUGUGAACACUGCUCGGUGCGACACAAGAUGCAGCAAAAGUACCUUGCGGAGGCGCACGAGCUCUAUGACGAGUUUUUCCAUAUUGUGCAACUGCCGCUGUUGACGGAAGAGGUGCGCGGGCCGGAGAAGCUUCAGGCGUUCAGCGAGAUGUUGGUGACGCCCAUCAACAUGGACGAAUUCUCGAAGAGAACGCAAACCAUAGAUGAAUUCAUGAAAACACGAACACGGCGUGAACAGUUCUGGGUCGAUCACCAACCUUUCCUUCGCUCUCAGGGCUACGAACUUCGGCCAAGGUAUCACCCAGACUGGACUCCUUCAUGGACCUUUCCUGGGUCAAAUAUACAAUUUGGCGACUAUAGUCGUUUCGAGGAUUCUUUUCGGAUGUCUUUUACCCAUUUCCGGGUUCUAGAUGCGACGCGAAUCUCUGACAACUCCAAGGUCGUCCUGAGGCGGGUAUCAACUCGAACACCAGAACUCAAGAUCCUCUCAUAUCUGAACUCCUCCGAACAAAAACGUCAUCCACACAACAAAACUUUCCCGCUUCUUGGCAUUGUUCCUCUCUCCGAUGACGAUGGCGAAGUUAUCAUUGUCAUGCCUUUUCUGAGACUGUUUAAUUCACCGGCUUUUCGACACUUGCGAGAGGUGGUUGAGGCAAUGCUGAUGCGCUUCAAGGGUCUCAACUUCAUGCAUUCCCAGAAUAUCGCUCACCGCGACCCCUGCUUCCUAAAUCUAAUGAUGGACCCUUCAGAGGUCGUACCUGGAGGCUCUCAUUUUACCAAACCUCGCUUGAAACCGACUGGAGGAGAUCGCUACGAAUGGCGCGACAGGUGUCUGGUUGACACACCAGUCGCCUAUUACUUUAUAGACUUUGGACUUACUGAAUAUUAUCCGAACGGGGUACAAACCGCUCGAGACAUUGGCAUCUAUGGGCAAGACAAGACUGCCCCUGAACUAUCGGACACGAUCCCCUACAACCCCUUCAAGGUCGACAUCUACCAACUUGGCAACAGUUUCGUUGAGCUUAGCGAGAAGUAUCCCAUUCUCGUGACCAUUUUCGGCUCUCUUCUGGAGGCCAUGACACACCAGAAUCCGGACGCGCGGCCUUCCGCGUCACAGACUCUGCAACGUUUCGAGAAGAUCUGUUCUGACUUGUCCCCAGACGAAUUGGGAAAAAAACUAGUCUAUGUUCCCGACACGGAGUUUUACGACAGUGGCGAAUCUCUCUCAGAUUACGAACUAUUCUCCGCGAGUUCUUCAGACGAGAGUGACAACGGAGACAGUUCGGCAUCUCCGUCUGACAAGUCCGGUGAUGCAGAUAAACUGGCGUCUUCAUCCGACAAGAAUGAGGGCGAGACGCACACCAAGCCAAACCUGAGAUCGCCUGGUUGA